AUGAAGUUUUUCAUACUGUUUCUCCUGGCUAUCGGGCUUAGUAUUGGUAUCGCCUCCCACUUCCUCAAUCCGGCAUCCCUUCGCCCCGAGGGCAACCGAGCCGCCAAGGACGAGUGCUCAAAUGUGAUCUGGCAGUCCCAUAUGAUCCCGGAAUUGCUUUCCGUCUACUGGUCACGCAGUACGAAGUUCAAGAUCCCCGCCAACCCUGACAGAGUCAGCUUUGCAUCUGUUUCACGCGACCGUACCAGCACGGACGGUAAGAUUCACGAGGAGGACUCAAAGUACCGUGUGCCCUCGUACCUUAACUACGAGUACACGACCAUGAACGGAGGCAUCAUCAUGGAAGAGAAGCCUGCCGGAUUUACCCUGUUGGAAACAAAGCCUUGGGUUCCGGCAGAGCUGACCGCCAAUGAUGACCAGGAGUAG